AUGAAUGGGAAUUUAUUGCUGGAGGACUGUAAUCCAGAGUCAGAUUUCCAAGACUGGUCUUGGCAAGGCGAUUCUUUGAUGAAUCACGGCACGCAGAGCUGCCUCUCCGCGGUGGGGGCUGACAGAGUGCAGACAAGUCUCUGCGGCAGCGCGGGCUACACGCGCUGGGACUGCUCGAAUUCGCUGCUCUCUCCUCUGGGCAGCAGCCAGGGCUACUUGGUGGCAAACAGGAAAGGAGUCGCUCUCAAUAACGUGAGAGGCCUCAAGGCCCAAUGGCAAGAUAUUGCAGACAGGAGCGUGUGCGAGGAGAAAGCAGCCGAGGCGGAGGAAGACAGGUACUUCCCUGCAGCCCUUGCCAGCACACACGUGUAUGAGCACACAGCAGGCAACGCGAACCUUGAGCUGGGUAUAGGUCAAGAAGAGCUGGAGAACCUGCUCUGGUUCUUCCGCAGAGAAGACCCGUCAACGUGGAAUUACUCCAUCCUUGCGCUUUCCUUCGUGGCCAUGAUUUUGGCUCUUCUCCUUCUGGGCAUUAACAUUGUGCGAAACAGGAAAAGGAAGAUCCACAUGUAUAAAGAAGCAGUGCAAACGGCGCAGCAGGCUGAGCUGGAAGCCAAGCAAGCCCUGAUGCCUAUGCAGGAGUACAGCCCGGCCGAACUGCGAAAGCAGGAGCUGGUGCCCCAGGAUCAGAGACCAGGAGAAGUGGUGGUCCAGUGGAAGGACGGGAACGUCACGUCUCUGUACACAGAGAGGUCUGAGGAUGCUCUAUAACGGCAGCUGAAGUCAAACCAU